AUGCAGACUACACUAACGCACUUAGAUGACGCACCUAUGCUCUUCUGUGAGCGGUGCAAUAACCUUCUCUACCCUGAAAAUGAUCCUCUUGAUAGGCAAAUGAGAUGGCGAUGUAACUACUGCAAGACUACUGAGGUUCAUGAUGAAAACAAGCUUGUGUAUAUUUUAAAUCUCAAGGUAAAAACUGGUACAGUAGAGGAGUUGGAGUUGUUGGCUGAAUUUGCAAAUGACCCCACAGCACAACGUGACCCAACAAAAAGGUGCAGUCGCUGUGGAGAAAAUGAUGUGACAUGCUUUGUGAAUCCUCUUGGUCAGCCUCAUGAAGACAUGACUCUUUACUUCGCGUGCGCAAACCCCAAGUGCCGCCAUGUGUGGAAGAGCGGUGAUACACAGGAACAGUAA